AAUUGAAACUCCUGUUGGACAAUAACCCACUGACAACAGUUGAAAGAACAGAAAUAGAUUCUGUUGACAAAUUGUUUACUUGUCUAAUGAAUACAAAAUUCAUUUCUUAUGGAAACUACGAACAGCUAGUACCAAAAUUUGAAAAGGUUAAACCUAUCCUUUGUGAUAUAGUAAAGGCAUAUACCUAUGCUAUUAGCAAGUGCACCGAGAAUAUCGACAAAACCGAAGAAGAAAUGGUUGUUCAGAUGGAUAAACCAAAAUACCAUGUUAAUGAAGGAUCUACAGUCAUAUUACAUUGUGCAGUGGAUCCUAAACCAGACAGCAUUUUGUGGAAAAGGGGAGACAAAAGCCCGCCACCAAAUACAAGAGUUUUGAUCGACAAUCAUAAAUACUUUUCAGGAUGUCCUAGUGCUCCUUCGCUUAUUAUCACAAAUACAAACAAAGUUAUCGACGAAGCUCACUAUCAAUGUAGGGCAGAGGCCAAAAAGAGAAAAGCAGAGUGUGGCCGCAUCGUUCCGUUACAUGUGUCAGUAGACAAAUCUACAAGGUCAGAAGAUGAUCUUAUGGACAGCAAGUUGCCUGUAUCUGAACGUGAAGAGACCAGACAGAGAGAAGAUAUAGAUCGGGAUAAAUGUCCGAUUUGUUGUUUGUCAUUUGAUAAAAGCAAAACGCGGAGAGUGAAAGAAGAUUGUGGACAUCAUUUCUGCAUUACUUGUCUGAGCAAAUAUGAAAGCUGCCCUAUGUGUGACAGAAAUAUAGAUCGGGAUAAAUGUCCGAUUUGUUGUUUGUCAUUUGAUAAAAGCAAAACACGGAGAGUGAAAGAAGAUUGUGGACAUCAUUUCUGCAUUACUUGUCUGAGCAAUUAUGAAAGCUGCCCUAUGUGUGACAGAAGUACAUAUACUCCUGAUGACAAGGACUGCACAGUGUCUUUUGUCAUUAUCAACAACAUCGAUAUCAAAAGGCAGGAAUCACAAGCCGACAUUUUAAAUGGAUUUUCUGAAGCUACUUCAACAGAUGGACGGGGGAAUGGAGUCGCAUUUGAAACGAAAUGUAUAAUGGUCUGUAUAAAUAUCACUGCCGCUAGAAGCCCUCUAGAACCAUCUGCCGCGCAUCUUGCAGAACAGUUUAAGCAUUAUAUAUUGGAUGGUGGAAAAAUACAGUUAUCGGACGAUUCACACACAGUGUUGGACAUUGACACAGAGAGUUUCACAAUAACACCAAAGCAAACACCUCAAAAUGGUGUUCCAUAUGUGAGUAUUAGUCACGGUGAGUUUACCGUUCCUGUCGGAGGAAUAGCUAUUAUACAAACCUACGUCAUCGCAUCACCACCUGCUACAGACAUUCAGUGGUAUAGAAAAGAACACAACCAACUGACAGAAAUAGAAGUAGACAACGAAAGAUAUUUCGGAGGCUCCGAUCUUUCACCUUCGUUAAUUAUCCACAAAGCAAAUGCUGAAGAUGAAGGGUUUUAUUUAUGUAAAGCUACAAAUGAAUAUGGAACUGGUUCAAGCAACAUUACUUUGUUUACAACACGAUCUGAUGAACACAACAAAAGCACCAAACAAGGAGCACACCCCAAGAUAGACGCGACAUGCUCGCAAGGACAACAACAGGUUUGUAAGAAAAUGGCUGCAUCCUCAUCAGACAAUAGGGAAAAGGCCACAGAGAUCCAUAAUGAACUGGUUGAUCAUUUGGGUCGACAUCUACGACUGAACAAGCGUUUUAGGAUUCCGAAUGAAGAUGAACACAACAAAAGCACCAAACAAGGAGCACACCCCAAGAUAGACGCGACAUGCUCGCAAGGACAACAACAGAUUUAUAAGAAAAUGGCUGCAUCCUCAUCAGACAAUAGGAAAAAGGCCACAGAGAUCCAUAAUGAACUGGUUGAUCAUUUGGGUCAACAUCUGGAGCCAGAAGAUUUCAUACGACUGAAAAAGCGUUUUAGGAAUUGUCCUCUUACUCCUGCAGACUUAAAUGGCAUUCAGGAUGUUAAUGACCUAUUUGAACGUCUUACCAACUAUACGAAAAUAGAUCUGGGAAGCUACGAAACAAUUAUAUCAAAAUUGAAGGUUAUUAAUCGUCAACAGGCUAGAUAUGUGAAGAAACAACAAAGACGAAUUCAAGAAAUCCUGAAUGAAGGACCACCAGCAGCAAAAAGACCGAGAACUGAAAGAGUGCUGAACGAAAAGUUUGCAGCUAUGAUAGAUACAACAAAGUCUACAAUUAAGACAGAAAAAGAUAGCUACACGUUUAUUUCUACCAAAAGUCUCCAACAUGCCCAUCAAAAACUUCUGGAGAACAAGAUCGUUAUAAUCCAGGGAAACUCGGGGGACGGGAAAUCAUCUACUGCACUUGAACUUCUCCGUUUGCUGUGCUGUAAUGAAGAGGAGGGGCAACAUAAACGAUGUCGACAACCACUACAACUACACGACAUAAAAGACAUGGAUUCAGUUGCACCAAAGUCACAAUUAGUUAUUCAUUUUGAUGACAUCUAUGGAAAGAAUGUUGUGUGUCAGGAAGAUGUGAAAGAAUGGGAGAAACGAGAAAAAGGAAUUAUUGCAAAACUUUGUGGAAAUGAAUCUGAGGCCAAUUAUCUGGUCAUUACAAUUCGCAGUGGGAAUUAUUAAUUCUUUAAGUGGCCUGGGAAAAUUAUUUACCAAAGAAAACAUUGUUGACCUUAGCCAGUACAAAGAAGAAAAAGAAAAACUUGCAUUGUUAAGGUUGUAUCAACCAAAAACUGAAUUUGUUAAAUGGACAGAUGAUGAGGAGAAACAGAUUGUGGCCUCGGCCCCAGACAUUGGGUUUCCACAGUGUUGUAGAUUAUUUAGGGACACACCUAGUUUACAAACAGAGAGAGUCAAAUUCUUUGAAAGACCUUUGCAUUAUUUUAAAUCCUCUUUAUCUAAAUUAGAAGACGGGAAAUUUUAUGGUCUGCUGUAUCUGUUCCUCAAAGGCGGCUCAGUUCUAGAACAUGAUUUAGACCCUUCUAUUGAAAAUAUUGAGGAAAAUGAGAAAAUGAAAGCAGCAUUUGCUUUUGAUGUAGUAAAAGUUAACCUAACACCUGAGCGUAUUCACAAAAUAGAGAAAAAGAAAGCUGAGUUUGUAAAGGAGUCAUUAAAAUGCCUUUUGGGUUGGCUGGUGAGAAAAGAAUCUACACCGUGGGAAAAAUGUCCCUAUUACAAAUUCAACCAUGACUCCAUUGAGGAAACAGUGGCACUUCUGUAUGGAGAGAAAACUCCCAUUGGCUACAUACAGAAUUGUCCCGAAAAGUUCCUCAGUUAUGUAACUACAACAAAAAACACCCCAAACAGAAUAGUUAUAUCAUCUGAUAAUCAAACCAAUGCCAUGUAUAAACGUAUAGUGACAGAGUUUCAAUCUAAUUAUCAUAAACGUUUUGAGAUUUGGGAGUUGAGUAAGGAUGAAUCUGAUGAUUUUGAUGAUUCUGAAAGUUACUGGUAUGUGUGGCAGUGUAAAUAUUUAGCUACAUUAGAUGUAUGGACAGACACCCUGUUUUUACAGGGAUUUAUCAGAUGGCUAAGUGGUCAGAAUGAUGACAAAAACUUACACCAACUGAUAAAAUCUGCCUUGUUAAAUGGAGCUUGUUCUACUGGUUUAGAAGAUCAUGUCUCGUAUCUCCUUUCUGUGGGUGUCACACCUAACAAUCGUACACCGUUUUUUGUAGUGGAGGGUGGGAGUGUACGACUACUGACGGAACUAAUGAAGUAUGACGUCAUUCCUACAGCGAGGGCAUGCAGGUCACGAUCAUCAUAUUAUACUGAGAAUAUCAAUGUCCUACACGAGGCGUGUUUGUUAGAGAGAGAAGAGAUGGUGACCAUGUUGUGUGACACUUACCCAGACUUGGUACAUGAGACUGAUGACUGAGAGACAAAGCACGCUCCAUUGUGUGGCACGGACAGGAAACGUUGGUAUAUUUCAGACAGUGGAGAGAUUGAUACUUAAAUCAUUGUGUAGAGUUGAGGAUGUACAACAUAAGUGUGAGACAGAAGAUGGUCGUGUUGUACAUAGGAGUUGUGUGUGUGGUCAUUACAUGUCACAGUUAGUGGACAACUACGGGUAUACAAUAUUACAUUGGAGUUGUAUGUGGGGACACAGGGAGCUUAGUUUAUACCUGUGUCAGUGUUACCCAGCACUGACUACAGCUUUAGAUAAGUUCGGGUAUAAUUGUCUACAUCACAUAGCCAUGAUGACAUCAGAUGUAGACUGGUUCACUGAUUGUGAACGUCACGUAAAACAGAACGUAGAGAAAACAGGAGGUAAGUAUGACAUCACGACCAUACUUACUAAUGACGGGCAAUCUGUUUUAGACCUGGCAAAGCAACAGACAGAGGGGAUGAAGUUAGAUAACAACCCAUUGUAUGAUCAUCUUGUCGAGGUGUUUACUAAGUAAAUGUGUUAAAUAUUCACACUUCUAUACAUUAACUUGUGUAACAUAAUGACAAAAUAAACAGCAACGAACAGAACACUGUGGAAACCUUUUGUGGGAUCAUCUUGUCAAGUUUAUUUGUAAAUAAAAGUACUUAGAAAUAUUCA